AUGGAUCCAGAUAAAGUUGCUGCAGGAAUUCCUGCCACCUUUGUUAUGAUCUCCGGUUCGGAAGACAAGCAAACGUCAGCAGAUGUGUUCAAUGUUGGAACCUUUGAUUUGCCGCAGACUGCAGGAAAGGCAGGAGGUGCUUGUACCUCUACUCUCUUGAAAGUUAUCAACGAAUAUCCCGGCCCAAUGAGUUGGUUGGAUCUUUUGCAUCGAAUGCGAGACGUGUUGAGGUCAAAGGGUUUUGAUCAGAUUCCUCAACUCUCGGCUAGUCGACUCUUGGAUGCCAACUCGCAAUUUCAAAUUGUCCCACCAGAUUCCGCUCCAAAUAAAAAGCGAGCCAUUUUGAUUGGAAUCAACUACGUUGGUCAGCAAGGAGAACUCAGUGGAUGCCACAAUGACGUGAAGAACAUUAAAAGAUACCUCAUCGAGAAGCAAGGCUUUCAAGAACAAGACAUGUUGAUUUUGAUGGACGAUGGCCAGCACAAUGAACCAACCCGUAAAAACAUUAUGGAUGCUUUCACCCGCAUCACGCAAUACAGCGAAGCCGGUGAUGUUGUGUUUGUUCACUACUCUGGUCACGGAGGACGCGUCGAAGAUACCAGCGGAGAUGAGGAAGACGGGUUUGACGAAACACUUAUCCCGGUCGACUUUAAGCGGGCUGGCCAAAUUGUGGACGACGAGGUAUUUGCCACUCUGGUAAAGCCCAUGAAGAAGGACGUCCACGUUACGGUAUUGAUGGACUGUUGUCACAGUGGAACAGCCUUGGACCUUCCAUAUGAAAUGAAUGCCACAGAUACCAAGAUGCACGCAAACAAUGGCUUCGAUAUGGGCAUGUUGGGUGAUCCAGCAAUGAUGGCGGGUCUUUUUCUAUGUCUUGCCUGUUGUGACAUUGACGGCAUCCUCGGAAUGGUUGGCGAUUUCUUUUAA